CCUUGGGCCUUCCAGGUAUGUCGUACAGUUAUAUGCAUAAUUUUUAAUCACGGCCUUAUAGUAAAUAAUACAUAGUUUUCUAACCAUGGCAUAAUUUUUAACGCGUGUUUGGGCAUUCGAAACUUUUCCAACCAUCGGCGCCACGUUUGCAAAAAUGGUUGAUGGACGUCUUUCCAGAAUUCUCAAAUGGGAGGCACGUCGGGUUUCAUUGGUCGAGGUUGGACAAAUAGACGACCUCAUGCAAAGUGGUGAGGGAAUGGUCGUACCAAUUCUUUAUCCCACUGAGGAGGAAUUGAGUAGUAUGAGCGUGAGGUUGUAUCUAUCUUAUGCCGAUCAAGAAGAUGCAGAGAUUGACCAGCUUGAAUCGUUUUUGAACUCUGGUGCAAGAAUGGUCCAUGUCCAGCAACCGAAGCCUCCCAAACAACUUUCUCAACAACAACAGCAAUUUCCCCAGCAACAACAACAACAAGAAUAAG